AUGUCAGUUGGAAUACCAAUAAAGCUGCUACAUGAAGGAAUAGGUCAUACCGUUUCUGUUGAAACGAAAUCAGGAAUCCUAUACAGAGGAACAUUACUAUUUGCUGAAGAUAAUAUGAACUGCUUGCUCGAGAAUGUAUCAGUAGUUAAAAAGGACGGAAAGCAAAUCUUGUUAGAGCAAGUGUACAUACGAGGUGGCAGUGUAUCGUUUAUGAUUUUUCCUGAUAUGCUUAGAUAUGCCCCCAUAUUUAAAAUAAAUAAAUCUAAAACCAAAACAAACUUUGCAACUAUUAGAAGGGCAAUGGAAGUUCACGCAAGAAUAUCUUCAAAAAAUAAAGAUGUAAAAGCAUAA